GCCGGCCCAAGUCCCAUGGCUGGAGGCUGCGCAUUAAACUCCUCUUCUUUUGGCAGACAUUAAUUAAAAACCAGUUGCUAUUUCUGAAAUCGGGAAAACGUUGCUACUGAGUAGACCUUGAAGUGUAAAAUGCAGGGGGCACCCUGUGUUCUGUCGGGGUGUUGGAGGUCCUCCUGUUCCCAGGCUGCAUGUCCUCCACACAUCUCACUGACACGGCUACAGCAAGCUUCUCCAUCACAGUAAUAUUAUAACCAAGUUUUAGAAAGAGAGACCUGACAUAAGGGGAUUUUGAUUCUUGCUUCCUAUUCAAAUGAUAUAUAUAUUUAAACUUUUUUACCCAACAGGUGCAAAGGCAGAGCUUGUUGCCUCUACUGAGGGCAUUUUGGUGUGAGCCAGGUGCUGUAUAGUACACUCAGGGUCCAUAGGAGGCCUUUUCCUACAAGUGGUCUGAUAUGGCUACAGAUCCCCUUCUGAUGCAAGAAGCAGAUCCCAAAUGGCUGCAGAAGAGCUGGCAGCAAGGAGUGCUUUGUAUCUCAAGGAAGCUCACAUGGUUUUGUUGGUUUUUAGGUGGAAUUUUUCUAGGUACGAUUGCUACAGCAGGAAUGAUAGCAGGUUUUGGCACCACGCUUGCCAUGGCAAAAAAGAAGAACCCAAACUGGUUCAAUAAGGGUAUUACUGCUACAGCUGCAUUACCUGAGAGUGGCUCAUCACUGGCCUUACGUGCCCUAGGAUGGGGCUCUCUGUAUGCAUGGUGUGGAGUUGGAUUACUAAGUUUCGCCAUCUGGAAGGCUCUGGGUGUUCACAGCAUGAAAGAAUUCCGAACUAAAAUGCAGUCACUGUUUCCAGCAAUACCUAAAAAUAGUGAGUCCACCGUUGAAUGGGAAGACUUACUUAAAUCAAAGUGAAAGAAUCAGAAGCAUUUGGAGAUGGCUUUUUCAGCAAGAAAAGGAGCAGAAGCAUCAGAAGCGUCUCAUCUGAAUGAAAGAGAAAAUAAAUCAGACUGAGCAAGUUACCAACUGAGUUCACUGAACCUGGGGAUGCCAGUUAACAUCUCAGGGGCAAGAUAAUUAAAAUAAUAAUUUAUACUGUAUUUCUUCAGUGUUUGGUAUGGUUGAUUUGUGAGAAAAUGAACCUUCCAAGGUAAGUUGGUUCCAACUUGAAAAAAGGCUGUGCAUUAUGAGGACUUAAAAAAAACCCAACAACUUUAAUUGUUAAUAUAUAAGGACAGAACCUCAAUAAACGUUUACCCCAUCCUUCCUUUAAAGAGUAAUUUUAGGUUAUUUCUGUAGGAAACAAAGAACAGUGCUUUCAGUGUCAUUUACAUGCAUCAUUAGGAAUGUAAAUAUCAAGAUAAUUAUAAAAGGUCCAUCAGUGAGCCUGGAGAUAAAGGUUACAGUGCACUCUUCUAAAAAUAAAGGAGAUAUUUAAAGUUGUAUCAAAGAAAGUGUCUAAACCAAGCUGUUUUUGUCUGAUUGGAAAGUUUAAAACAUCAAAUACAGAGGUAAUGACUUGCUGAGCUCCUCUACAGAGCAGCAGUAGAGACCUCAAUGAAGUCACUCUUUUUUCAGUAGUAGCUUUUUAAUUGGAUCCCACAAUUGUGAAUCUGACCGAUUGUAUAAAAUCUUCUAGUAUAUUUGUAUGAACAACGUAAGUGAAAAAUAUAUACAAUAGUGUUAUGUCCAGCCUGUCCUACGCAACAGAUAUUUUCAGCAAACAAAGUGUGUGUUUUCUGGGAGGUGUUAUUUAGUGGUUCCUGUGGCUCUUCUAUCAGGAGAAGCAAUGUGUCGUUUUCCCACACUGCAGUAAUCUCAUGAGGCGUAGGCGUAACUAGGAAGAAUAAUAUGUUGUACUCAAAUACUGUAUUUGCAGAACUGUAGAUCUGUAAAAUUGCAGAAAUAAAAAAAUAAAUUACUAUCAGUGAACAAUUCUUUGUUGAGUGAAUGCCCAGUUAUCAGGGAUUUUUUUAUCAGUUGCACACAGUCCAAUUAAGACAGCUGCCAGAUUUAAUAAAGUCCGCCUAGAACCUGUCUUUUGUGAUUAAAUCUUUACAUUUCUCGGAAAGAAUGUUAAAAAAAAAACAACCUUUAAAUGUCAGAUGAAUAAUAGAGAAGUGUGGUUUUCCUAUGAAACAUGACAGCACUAUAAUAAUAUCUUUAACACAAUUGAAGUGUAAUAAAGAUGAUGACAUCUUUUCCAUAGUUUGAUUAUUGUAAUCCAGUAUUAAAUAAAUUGUGGUGAAUAUUUCUAUCCUAUGCA